AUGUCCUCUGCUCAUGAUGCCACCACCAAGAUCUCCAUUGACAAGUUCGAUGGAGACAACUACGCGACUUGGAGCCGCUACAUGCGUGGCGUGUUCCUGACCAAGUCGACGUGGCACGUGGUGAACCGGGAGACGUCGCCGACCUACACGGACGAUCGCGCCAUGGACGACUACGUCAAGGCCAACAACAUCGCUUUCGGACUGAUGUUGCUGCACAUGGACGCAGACUACCAUCACAUCGUCGAUGACUGUGAAAAGGCGUGGGUCGCGUGGGCGCGUUUGAAGACGCUGUACGGCGGGUCGCAGAAGGCUGGGCGCAUCUACUUGAAGCAACAGCUGUUCAGCAUGAAGAUGGCGGAAGGCGGCAAUGCAAUGCAUCAUUGCAACGAAGUCCUCAACAUCAGCGCCAAGCUCAGCGGCAUCGGCGCCAAGAUGGAGGAUGAGGACGUGGCGAUCUGCUUGUUGUUGUGCAGUCUCCCCAAGAGCUACGAGAAUGUCGUUCUCAACUUGGAGAUGAGCAGCGCGGAACUGCGGACGCAAGACGUCGUGAAGGUGCUGACUAAUGAGCACAUCAAGAGGCAAGGAAACAAGACGACAUCGGUGAAAACUGAAGAAGCGACGAAGGCCUUCAGUACCGAGCGUGAGGUUCGUCAGUGUACGUUCUGCGGAAAAUUGGGGCACACGGUGGAAAAGUGCUGGACCAAGCAGAAGGAAGACAACCGAGGAGCUCGACGCGGCGGCAAUGCUCGUGGACGCGGAGCAAAUCAAGUCCAGUGGCAAAGCUACAACGGCAACAACAACUAUGACUAUGAUCGAGUGGCGUUUGCUUUUCUCUGGAAUGCGGACUUUCAACGACAAAAAGCAUGUCUGGAAUGUGGGCGAUUGACAGCGGUGCAACACAUCACAUCUGCUAUGACAAGUCCAAGUUCGAUGUUCUGGACGAGCGCAAUGAAGGUGAAGUGUUGGUUGCAGAUGGAAACAAGGCUAUUGAGGGGUGAAAAGCUUGACGACCGAAACUGGGAGUGA